AUGAUAUCCCCUUCUGCUUUGAAUAUGUUCUCGCCUUCGUCCGCUAGUUCCGAAGACAUAGGAUCGUCGUCUUUAUUUCCUUCUCUGGACACGGGCGGCUUGUCAACAUCUGGUAUCACUUCCGAAGAGGUCGAAGAACAGCCAGAGGACGACGAAUCGGAAUAGUAAGUAGUGCGGUUACUCGAAACUAAUCACAGAGUGCACCUACAGUUGUAUAGCGCAGUGUCCGAGUCGGUAAACUAUUCCCUAGGCUAUCAGCUGUUUGAGGUAUAAAACGUCCCGUCGUCCAGCUGUUUUACCACCUAUCCCCCUUCCUUUUAAUAUUUAGUUUAGUCGUGUUUCAGUUGAUAAUCAGGCUUUCGUUACUCUUAGGGCACCCUCACUCUACAUAUACAACUCAAACAAGUACACGCGCAAAAUAACCAGUUUGAUACAUUUUCAUUUCAAACCCUUAUUAAACUUGAUAUCGAUUCAAAAGUCUUAUUUGAACAUUUUAGUCAAUGAAGAAUUUUAAAAUUGUACAAUAAUUAAUGCUAUGAAUAUAAUAAUCAUUUUAUCUUUUGUAGGAGAUUAAUUUUUGUUAUUACUACCAUUAUUAUUAACUUAAUUUUCUUUAUUUAUGUAGAUGUCUUGAAAGAUGGCUCCCCUAUUGCAAAACUAGAAAUUUUUUAAUAAAGUUUGAAUAAAGGUUGAACCUUUACUGGUCCUGCAAUGGGGGUGCCAUCAUGCAAGACAUUUAAGUAUUAAAUGAAUAAAAAUUAAGUUAAUAAUAAUAAUGAUGAUAAUAAUGAUAAUGAUAAUGAUAAUGAUAAUGAUAAUGAUAAUAAUAAUAAUAGUAAUAAAAUCUCCUACAAUAGAUAAAAAUAAAUAAAAAUACUUACAGCAUAUUUACUGACUCACUAAAAUACUCAAAUAAGAAAUUUUUGAAUCGAUCAGCGGACUUAAUGUUAACAAUUUCACGUGGUAACGCAUUCCAGUCCUUGACAGUUGUAUAGAAAUAGCUAUUCUUAUAUUUCUCAGUAUUUGAUUGCAAUUCAAUUAACUCGUUCUGGCUAGACUUCAUAAAUGUCUUCUUGGCUCCACAACUAUUAGACCCUUUCGGUCCGGUGAUAGUAGUACUUAACGAAACACCUUAUUCCAAUUGACGCUCUAAUAAGAAACAAGGAAGUCAUCAUAGGUCAAAUUGAACAAGUUCUUAAAACAUUGACAAAGACCAAGCCUCGUAUAACAGUUUUUAAUGAAGUGUGUGGCUCUCCUCUGUACACCCUUAAUUUGUUUGACAUGUUUUUUUUUUAACUGUUGUUUGCCAGAUAAAUCUGAGUGAUCUAUUGCUUUCAUGAAUUUGUUAUUUACAUGCUGUAUCCAAAAAAAAAAAUGUUUGCAUAUGUUAGUGAUUUGUUUUUCUGUUCUUAGUUGUGAUACAACUGAACCCUCUAAUGCAGAAUUAAUGGAAAAGACCCUUUUGGAUUUGUCAGAGGUAAUGAAAUGUAUAAGUCGCUUUUGUAUAUAUGUUGUAGGGCAAAUGAAAUUCAGUUUAAAAUGGUUUCACUAGUUUGAUUUUUAAUAGAUUAUUUCCUUUGUCUCCCAGCCCGAAAAUAAUUAAUGACCGUGAAUCAUAAAAAAAUAUUAGCAUAAGUAGGCAGACUCCAUAACUUCUUAGCUUUUUUGGUGUGCCUGCAGUUUUUCUUAGCUUAAUGCAUAGUAUCGCUCUCAGUGUCAUUCAGAGAUGCUUAAAUUUAAUUUCCUGGAUAAAGCAACUUUGGGUGUCCAUUUCUUUAAUUACUGAGUGCACUGAGUGUAGGCAAAGAUUUUGUUGAAAAAAAAAAAUCGAAAAAGUCUUGGUUGUGUUACUUCCCUUUAGGCCCAAACAGACUCAGCCAGAGAGAUUUUGCUCAUUUUUUUUUUUGUGAAUAUGUUUUGCAUGCCCUGAGUUGGUUUGAAGUGAACAUCCAUAUCUCUUGGUCUACAUGUAUUUUUGUUGCCUAGUACGUGAUCGAAAAGUCUACCCAAAAUAAAUUCUGAUGUUAUUUGAUUAAGAAUUUUGCUUUCCAGAAUUAAAGACAGUUGAAUCUGUCAAAAGUUUGUGGUAUUUUACAAAUUUGAUUGAAGACUAAUGGCAUCUAUUUGCUUGCUGUUUUUUUUAUGACAUCCACUUGGGUGAAUGUUUGUAGAGGUCAAAACACUGCUUAUCCUAACCAUGAUAUCCCCUGCUGCUUUGAAUAUGUUCUCGCCUUUGUCCACUACAUGUAGUUCUGAAGACAUACCCCGAGGGGGGUUACUUGGGUUAAUUUUUGCUGGGUAUGUGCCACUGGCCUCUCAGAACCCCUACCCCAUUAUAGUCUAUUCUGUGGCCAAAUAUAAACCCCAUCUUGACGAUCCCAAUUUAGUAACUUUCUGUUUUUGCAUCUACCUUAUAAAGCCUUUUAACUAGGCCAUCCUGAAGUGAAUUGAGACAUUGGCUAAACUUAAUGAAGUAAAAUCUUCCCAUUUUUAAAUCCCUAACUGCCUUAAUUUUCUGAUCCCCCAAACCCCGAAAAAAGUGCAAUCCCAUUCUAAUAACUCUAAUGAAAAUGCAGGCCCAUUAUAGUCAAUCCAGUUGUGAAAAUAUGACCCCACCCAGCGACACAUCCCCAUUAGCCUACAGGUUACUAGGAAACUUCACUUGUUUAUCAUUUUCUUUGUUUUCAUAACAUUUUUGGUUUGAUUGAGCAGGCUUUUUGUAAGGAAAUGUGGCAUUCGGCUUUGUUUGUGUACAAUAAUUAGCUGUAAUGUAAUUUGUUUUCCGUAACAGCGCAUUUUACUUCAGAAUGGAGGAAAGUUACAUGUUAAAGAUAUUGGUGAUGGAAUUGUUGAAAGUGGCCUUGUUCCCCCCAGGUUAGUGUUGAUUUUCUUUAAGGGUAACAUGGUUUGUAUAAUCUUGUAAAGGUCAUGGAAUUUUACGAGUGGUCUUGAAAAGUCCUUGAAUUCAGCUAAGGUCCUUGAAAAGUACUUGAUUUCUUUAUUAGGUCUUAAAGAGUCCUUGAAAUUCACUACCUUGUCUAUGCCAACCACCCCUUUCUGUAAAAUAAGAUUAUUUUGCUUUUCAAGGAAAAUUUGGCUCAUCCUUGGUGUAAGCCAAUAGGGUGAUCAAAAGGGGGUUAAAGAAUGGUGAUUUAUUACAUAAAUCUUAGUCCUUAAAAAUUGUAAUUUGUCCUUGAAAAAUCCUUGAAAGGCCCUUGAAAUUUUUUUUGGUCUGAAGUUGUAUGAACCAUGGGGUAAUAAUGUCUGCCUUAUUCAUGUAGCCUUUUUUCCACAUUUGAGUACCUCAAAAAUUAGACUACUCAGAAAUACAUGUCGGUCCAAUUUUUUUUGUAUUUCUAUGAAUUACCAGUAUACUGAAAAAUGAAUAUGUUAAUAUUUGCAUCAUUCAUUGGAUUUUUCUGAAAGGCUUUUAAAUUACUUCCUUAGAACUGAUAUGGCUCUCAUGACAGUUGUAAAUGAUUAAUCUCAGACAAUUAUGAUUCCUCCAUUUUCUUGACAAUUAUAAAUUACAACAACUUUUCCCAAGUAAAGUGAGUGUAAGAUUUUUGAUUGUAGUUUGCUUUGAUUAAAAAUUUUAGGUCAAAGGCGUUAAACAGUCUUGAAGCAAUUCUCUAUCGUGAGGUCAGUAGGUAUUUACUUAGAAGCCACAACAUAAAAAAGAAACAGGAUGUUCACAUGUACAUGUAUCUCAUUUUGACAAUAAUUGUUUUGUGUGACUACAGUGGAACCUCCAAAUGCAAGUUCCACCUCUUGUAAGCGACAACCUUUCAUAAACGAUCAACCAUCAAUCCAAACCACCGAACUUUUCCCGGUCAAAACCUCAUGGUUGGAACUUCUCAAACCACCUGUUGUAAGAGACUGGGACCUUGUUUCAGUGCUGAUGGUGUAAUAAUUUUCUAUAGCUUUUUACCCUUUUGUAAUUUACCACUUGACACAUGGUGGGAUCUCUAUGUUUGCUGCAUGUAUUAUGCUGCUUAGAGUAUAUGAAGAACUUCUAGCAACAACAUGGAACUAUACACAUAUUGCAACUUAAGAAUAUGCAUGCAUUGAUCUAUCUUCCAAGAAGUAGAUGUGUCCGGACCUCUCUUCGGAGGAGCCUCUCUGUAAUUCUACUCUUGUAAAUGAUCACCUCCUGUAGGUCUUCACAUUUUAAGUGGUUGCUUACAGGACUUUUGACUGUAUUAAAAUAACAUAACAUAACAUAAAAUAACAUACACUUUAUUAUGACUCCUCUAUACGGGGCUAUUCUAAAUAAUAUUCUAAAUAAUAGCUGAAGACAAGAAAAACAUGAAAAAAAAAUGGACCAAAAGCACUUAGUACUAACACUUACUUUUGACAAUUUUUUUGUAGACUUUUCGCGAAGGAUCCAGAUUUAAAAGAAUUGAUAAUCGUUUUGGAUGGUUUGCUUUGAUGGUGAGAACUUGAUGACUAUGAAUAAGUAGGUGUAUAUCCCCAUGUGCACUGUAAAGGAGCUGUUCCAUGAAAAAUAACCAAAUAAUAUGGUCACCAGAUUGAGUGAAAUAAGUAAACAAUAAUACCCACCCCAAACAGUGAGGCAACCUUUGAGUCUCUCAGCAAAUACAAUAAUUAUUAUUAUGGUAUACAUGUGGAUGGACAAGAUCAAAGGUAAUUAACAAUAUAUUGUAAUGGUAGUUUUUGAAAACUGUUCAACCUCAAUUUCUUUUUUUUGAGUCUUUUUUUUGGUAAUUUUCAAAGCAGGAGAUGUUGACAGACACAUUCUGGAGGUCACAAAUUAUUACAGGUCAUGGUUUCAUUGAUAGGUACAUGCACGUGUAAACUAAGCCAAACAGUUUCUCCUCAAUCAAAAACAGCAUUUUGGAUCAAUGGAUUUCAUUAGGGCUAGGAUAAACGUUUGGUCUGCAUUCUGAAUUGUGGAUCUUCUAAAAAACGUUUGCUGUUCAAAAUGACCCUCAGGAAAAAAAAAAAUGUUGGUUGUGAUGCUUCAUUUUGCCAUUUAGAAGUAAUAAAAAAAACUUUGGCUGUGAUUCAGAUUCAAAGUAUGACGUGGUCCUUUAAUCACACAGGAAGCUGACAUUGAUGAUGACGAAGAUGAUGAGUCCAUGGAUAAUGAAAACACUGAGGGAGAUGACCAGGUAUUGCCUGUGAAAUUUUUGUAUAAUCUCACAUGACCAAUUACUUGUUUCUUAGUCCUAGACCAUGUUAUGGCCAGUUAUCUGGCUCUCAAGUUUUAAAUCUGUGGACGAAAUCUUAUAGUGGUACCAUUCAAUGAAAUGUCUUUGGCGUGUAUACUAUAAUAUUAAAAUUCUUAGGGAAGCUUUCUUUGUCCAGUAAUAGAAACCUGUGAAAAGGUUUAUCCAGUUGAAUGGAAACAGCAUUGUCUACAUUGUAGUUGUCAAAGUCUUGGAAUGCAGGGUGCAAAGAAAGUCGGUUAUUUUUAAAGCUUAUUCUUUGGGCAAGCUGUAACUAUCAUGUUCUAGCCCAAGAGUCAUUUCAACUUGCCCAAAAAACUUUGAUGAACGGAUUGAUUACAGUUCUUCUAUAAUUUGGAGGGUGGUGUCCCACCCAGUUCUCCAAAUCCUCACCCCUUUUCAGACCAAAAAUGUCUUUUUCCACACCCUUUUUCAGACCUAGCCCAUAAGAAAUUAUGUCAUCAUUACUUAGAUUAGAACAGCAACAAAAAAAGAUUUCUUAAAAUCCAUUGCGGAUUUGCACAUUUCUCUUUUUUACUUACUUAUUUGGAACUGAAACGAUAAAUGUGUUCAUCCACUCCUGUAGUUCCCUCAAAAACCAUAUCCAAUUCCAGACCAAAAUGGUCAAAGUCUAUGCCCGUUUUCAGAGCAAAAUGGUGGAAGAACAAUACCCUUUCGGGCGGCACAUACCUAUAUGGCUUAUAUACAUUUAAGGGAGUACCCCCUCCCCUGACCGAGGUUUAGGUAGUAACCUUAUUUGUAACUAAUUUGCAUGUUGCAUAUUAAUGUCAUGACACCGUUUGACACCAUUUUGUUCUCUGUUGAUCACAUGCAGUCUGUUAGAGCUUCAGCAUCAAAACAUCCUAUUGACUACAAAAGGAAAUACCUUGGAAUAAAAAGGAUGGUGAAACAACUGGUGUUUGUAUGUAUUGUUUUUUAUUUCUCCUAUUUUUUUUGUUAAUCAACUUUUUAGUAACUUUAGUGAAAAAAAUAAACUUGUUUAAUUUGUACAAUACAUACAUGUAAACAAUAAUAGACAGCUAAUUUAUACACUAUUAUUACAGUACGCAGUGAAGUAAAAAGAAACCAAAAAAAAGCAAGCACAACAAAAAAAGAACGUUUUAAUACAUACUUUGUGUAUGGUGGGGACAGAAAAAUUAUGACUAUAGAGGAAAGUUUUACUGAAUAAAAUUAUUGUUUGAACCGCUUAAAAAGCAUUUUCAUUUGGAAUUAGGGAACGCAGUCACAUCAAGCUAAUGAGUCUAUUUUAACCUGAAUAAUUAACUUGGAUAUAAAUUUGGAUGUAAAUAUAGCUUUAUUUUGCAUUGUUUUGCAUGCAUAGUGGUACUAUUUUACAUACUUGUAUAACAGGAGAAGAUGCAAGUCCUUUAGCUGUUUGAGAAAAAUCUGUAGCGGAGUUUUCUCCUAUAUUUUGUCGGGUGAAUAGAGUGUGGGGUGUGGCUGGUUACAUGGUUACAUGAUGUAGUUCAUACACAAAUUCAUGGAAUGAGAAAGUUGUUCCUUAACAAUCUUCUUCCUUGUUGCACUCUUGUGGCAUCUAUAGUCAUUACAGAAUGCUUCACUGCUGCAUGACUAUGGCAGAGGUGCAAUUAUGCAGCAGUAUGAAAGCUGUGAAGCAUUCUGUAAUAAUGUGAAAAGGACAUACAUGUAAGCUUUUGUCUGGUAGACAAAACAAAAAUCUGUUUUGGGCUCAGUCAAGGAUAUGCAGUUAUAAAAAUUCUCAGGGACCCAGAAUAACUGAUGGCUUGCACGGCUUGCAUCUUUUGGGAUGCAACGAUUGAUCACGAUUAGCCUACGAGCAAGCUCUCCAGUGUGCUCUGGUAGUGGGGUGGGAAAAGGAAGGAGAGGUUGCAACUUCGUCUCUGGAAUUUGAAUUCCACCUCCAAUUCUUGCUUGCCUGUAACAAUUCUCGUGUAAAACAAUAGACUUAAUUAUUUUUGUAUACAUGUAUUUAAUUCAAUAUAAGAGUAUCUUAUCAAUUAGUCUCUUCAAUAGUACAAGAUGAUAAAUGAGUUUAAAUCGAUAAGUCAUUAAUGAUAUCAAUUAUUAGUCUACAAGCUAGUUAUUGGCAUAGCUUGCUGUAGUUCAACUAUGGCAAGUUAAGCCAUUUUCUCCACUUUUAAAAUGUAACAAAAUGUAACAUGCAUCCGGCAUGAAAGUGUCCCUAGGUGAAAAUGAAGAAAGAAGGUGCUAAAUAAAACUGAGAAAGGUGCUACAGUGUAAAUAAUUUAAUCAGUAAAUGCAUCUUGUGAUUGUAAUUUUGUCAUAGAUUGAGGGUGCGUGAUACAGUGGAUUUUGCUUACUUAGGAUUAACGGACAUUGUGUACUUACUUUUGUGCAGGAAAAUGGAGCUCUAAGUGAUGAAAUAGUACGAACUGAGACAAAGCUUCAACGGGCAAAAGCUGAGAGAAAGUAAUGUUUUACACUUUUAUAAUGUUUGUAGCAAUGUUAGAAAUGUGUUAGAGACAUUAAAGUUUGGAUCUUCCUGGUUCAUGCUUAUAGAAAUUACAUUGACUUAUAAAUGAUUAGUAGAAUUGAGUGGUAGAAUUCUUGACUUGUACAGAUACCAUGUAGUGAUUGUAUUAGAAUAUUUUUUUUAUGGCUGGACUUCUGCAAGUGGACAUAGUUAAGAAAAUCUUAUGUGCUGUAAGUUCUGAUUGGCUUCUGAAGGAACAAGAUGCUUGCAGGGUACAAUCCCCCUUCUAGCUUCCUCCACAAGAAAAAAGUCUUUUGGUCAUAACUAAAUUAUUAUAAAACCUUUAUUAUUCUAUCUUGUUUUAGUCAAGAUGGCAGGAUAUUGGUCUUGUUCUUGUUAUUUUUUUUCAUCUUUUUUAUAAUAAUGACCUUGGCUUGUACAUAGAGCUUCACCCUGUGAGAAGAACUUCCUUUUGUCUUCUUGCUGGAGUGAGGAGGAGAAAAUGGAAACUCUCUCUCUUUCUAAAUCGUUUCAAGUCUUUGAAGAUGCUAGUGCCUGAACUUCUGGACUUAUUAAUCUUGUUUUCUUUUGACAUAAUGUUUUUUAGUGAGCGUCCAUUAUUGGUAAACCAAUGGUCAUUACUGUGCCUGUUGUACCAAGUGCACAGCUAUUAGGCAUGGGGUCAAAACUAUUAUCCUAACAACAUGUAGCACAUGCUCAACUAAGAUCUUAUGAGAUUCAUGCAGAGUCUUUCUUUAGUACCACAAAAUCGAUGUCACUACAAUGUUGUGCUAAACAUCAUUGUUGCAAAUCAUCCUGUGUAAAAUAACAAUCGGCCAGAAAAUUAGUUGAGACAUGUACUUCAACCUAAAGGGACUUUCAGACAUUCUACUGACUUGAAAAGAGGAAAAUUAUAAAGCUUUUUCUCCCCCAUCCCCUCCAUGCAAUGUUGAGCCACUGUUUGAGCUACCUAUAGAAAAUAACAAACAUCCCAAUUUUGAAUGGAAGGGAGGGGGAGGGGUGUGGAUUCUUUUGUUCUCUGAAGUUACCCUAUUUGAGAACAAUGUCUCAAUAAUUUUGUCGCCAAUUGUAGGUUAUAGUGAAUGAAUACAUUUCUUUAGCGUCGUUGUAUGACUACGACAUGAAACUUCCUAAUUUCACGUGCCUGCUUUAUAAAGUAGAUGAACAAAACACAAUUUUGUUUUCUUUUUCUAAACUUAUUACAAAAUUAAUGCUCUCUCUUGCCUUUAAGGUUCAUUCUCAAGAGACUGUUUCAGUACCAAACAGCUGCAGAAGCAGGGGUUUUUCAGAUGCCUACCUAUGCUCUGUUCCCUCCAGAAAUUUUACCACCUGUUGUACUCCCCCCUCAUGUUAUGAACAAGGUUAAAGCUCCCAAGGUCAAGGUUAAGAGACCAGUGGCUAAGUCAAAGACGAGCAAAGAAGCUAAGGCUCCAACUGCAACAGCAGCGAAGGCUCAGAAGGCUGCAGCAGAUAUUACAGGUUGGUAGUGCUUUCAGUUGGUAACUUACAGUCAAGCCAGGUCAAGCGUACCCCCCAAAAUUCCAUUAAUGAAUUUAUUAUUCGAAAGUUGAGUCUGUUGGCAGUUGUAGAUUUCAGGUUCAUCUCUACAUUCUUGCAUGCAUAUGAAAUAUCUACCAGCUCAGUUUCCCUGAAUUUGAUGUAAAUGUCUUCUUUGAUGUAAUGUCUUCAAUCUGACCAAAUACAGGCAAGUUCUCAUAAAUUAUUCAGUGCUCAUUAUGCAUGCAGUAAUUCCGAUUUGAAUUUGACACCAGUUACGGGAACGACUAACGGAUUCAUUUUUCAAAUAAUCAAUUAAUUUAUAGAAUCUUGGGGGGUACUCUUGACCUGUUUUGACUGUAAAUCAAUGUAGGUACAGAACUGUUAAUUCAUGGAAGCCCAUGUGGCCGGCGCUUAACCUAAGAUCGACCCUAAGAUCAAAAUUUGUACUCUCAUUUGUUGCCCCUAUUGAUUUUCUUCAGAAGUAGUGGGGAGAAGUUGAUAAAAUAUCAAGUACAUUGUAAAUUCAUCUUGUGUGAUCAUGUUCGUAAUUCUCAUGACCACUCUGUUUUAUAAAGCAUUGAUAUUACAAGGAGAAAUUUGAUGCUGAUCACUCUUAGGGCUUAAAGGGUUAAAAGGUAAUGUUCCUAAAUGUUUUACAUUGGUAACUUGUAACGGUACUUACAUCUUAAACUGACAAACUUGAGGCAGACAGUGCACUCAUUUUACCCCCCUCUCUCCAUUAGUUCUCCACAUUGUGUAUUUAAAGUUACUGAAAAGCUACUUGCGCACAGAAAGGAAAGAAAUGAAAGCAAGGAUUUGAGUCACACCUGGAAAUCAAAAAAAUAAAGAAAGAAAAUGUAUUAGUGCCGGACUACUGGGCAGGACUUUUUUUCGAUGCCUACUUUGUAACUAUCCUAUAAUUCAAAAUUCAGGAAGAACUAAGAAUUAACCGCCGGAUGCCCGCUAAGCUUUUGGACCGCUUCACUGCUAAUCUCGUGGACUGCUUGACCACUAAGCAUGUGGACCACUUGACCGCUAAGCUUGUUGUGGUUAACUUAGUUAAAUUACAUGUAACCAAAUUAAAAAUGUAUGUUAAUACAGUCACUUUAAAAGCUCUUACAUCACAUUCUGAUGCUGAAUCAAUUACAUCCUCUUUUUUGUUAACUCUGUUGAAGCUAUAUAGUGUAAUGUGAAUGGUUAAUUUUUCUAUGGUAUAGUUAACCACCACAUUAUGUAUUGUUCAACAAUCAGAUUACAGUGACUAUUAAAGUUAUUGCAUUGUUUACAUCUUGAACGAAGACUGACUCUUUGUUUUGUGGCUAGGAGCUAAAGAUGUGGUGAACGAAAAACCAGUAAAACAAGAAAAGAAGAAACCUGCAAAACCAAAGAAGCCCAAAGCACAGCAGUCUGAAAGCUCUCAACCUGUGACUUCUGUCACUACUGAUGCUGCUCCUAAAAGUGCCGUAGCGACUGUACCGGGAAUUCCAUCUGUGAAACCAAAGAGAAAGAAACCAGGAACAGCUGUGAAGCGCAAAGUACAACCUAUUGCAGUGGAUCCCAAAGGUAAAACAAAAGGUUUUGUGUCAGUAUCAUUUAGGAAAGAUUGCAGGCCUUUUUAUGAGCUGCAUGGUUGUGUGUCCCCUGUAAGGGAAUCCAAUUCAGUCUGGGAUUUAGGAUUCCACGCCAUGGAUUCCGGAUUCCACAUUCCAGGUACUGGAUUCUGGCCUCUUUGUCAGUGGAACUUGGAUUCUGGAUUCCAGAUCCCUUGAGCUGUAUUCCAGAUUCCAAAGCCCAGGAUUUUGGAUUCCACAGGCAAAAUUUCAUGGAUUCCGGAUUCCAGAAUCCACAUUCCCUAACCUGGGGCCAAUCACUAAAACUGAUGAUGCGACAGCUAAGCUUAUAUACACUAGCCUGUGAACAGGCUCUCUUGUAGAGGAUGUAGAGAAGGCUAGAAAAGGGAAGAAGACAGAGAGGCAAAAGCAUCCUCCUUUGCCUCAGUUAAGGACUUUUAAGAGUUUAAGUUUGAGAGUUACCAUGAAACGUUGUUUAUUUUCAACCCCUUCAUAGAGAAUAGGGCUAUAAUCCUCCUCAAUAAAGCAACGAAUUAAAUAUUGUUCUUGUAGUUUUUUAAGGCAGUUUAAAAUCUUUGGGUUGGGGAGUGGGGGCACGGACUUGACAGCAUGUAAUGUAUUCUGAAGUGUGUUUCUAUUCUUACUCUGUGAUGAUGAUAUUAUUAAUUUUGUUGGUAGUACUCAUGGUUUUCUCUUAAACAGGUAAACCCAUUUUCCCAAUAGUUCUUGGAGGACUUACUGUUCACAGUCUUGGCGAGGUGAGUUAUGCUCUCCAUGUGGAAGUACUUAGUUUAAUAUUAGAGACCAUUAGAAUCUAAGACCAAAACGACUUUGAGAACGAGUUCGUAAACCCGCGUCAUUUUGGCGGGAAAACGCAAUAGCCGUCGUCAUUCUGCACGCGGUUUAGCUUGAAUGUCGCAGUGACGGAAAGAAGUUAUCAAAUGUCAGACUUUAAAAAGUAAAAAGCUAGCCCCCUCCCGAAUUGGAGGAAGUUAUUUUUAAACGCACAAUUGAAAAGACCACCUUUUUCCAUUUUACUUCGAAAGGCCCCACAGAUAAAAAACUCUUAUCCGCUGUUUUUGAACAAGUUAAAUCUCGUCCUCACUGUCGUCCUUAUCCUAGAAUCUAAAGGUCUCAGUUUUAAUUUUCAGUGACAGGGAAGUCAAAGAACUUUAAAUACGUAGUGUUUUUUUUUUAGUGUUAAAAGUUUUGGCUGAAAGGCAAAGAUAUCAGUUUAGCAUUGUGCCGAGGUUUGCUCUGUUUUAGCCAGUGGUAAAGCGAAAUUUUCUAAUACAGUGCCUUGUUUCUUUGGUUGGUUUGUAUGCGAUUUUGUUUCCUUUCUGCCAUUCUGAAUAGAAAAUAUCGAAAUGUUCUCUUAUUGGAUCAGCCAAUUAUAUUCUCUUGUAGCAGCUUUUGGAAAAAAAGUAUUCCUGUAGUGUUUCAUAUAGAUUGUGUACAGCGACGUGGUUUCUCUUCUGAGCGUUUUAGUUGACUUCUAGAGUGAGCCAGUUGUCUUCUUAAGUGCUGACAGGAAAUUCUCAUUACUUAUUAUCUGUUUCACAGAUUGUUCAUGAGCGACCUGGUUUCCAUUCUGAGCGUUACAUUUGGCCUAUUGGCUACUGUAGCUCCAGAAGUUAUCCUAGCAUGAAGAACCCUGAAGAUAAAUGCAUUUAUACCUGCAAAAUUCUAGAUGGAGGAUUUGGCCCUCAGGUAGGAAUUAGAAGAAGAGUUCUUACCAAAUUCAGGGGGUAUUUUGGGUAAUUUGUAAAGUUUCAAACACAUGAUACCGUUUUUAGACUUGUCAAAGCGCGAACUAUGACUUUGUUGGAGGCUUGAAAUUUUCCUAUAAUAUUGUCAGUCUUUCAAUUUUUACUACAAAAUAUUUUGUUCUAAUAAUAAGAGGAAAACGUUACAUCUGUUUCACUCUAUACAUGUGUUAGCGCCUGUUUUUGAGGUAGUGAUAACCUUUACAAGGCAACUGAAGUUUCACUCUGGUUUGCUACAAUUAAUAACCAUCGAGCCCUUCGCAAUUUGAAACCCCAGUUUGGCUGCCUUCAAUAUUUCCUUGUGGGUCGUAUCAUGGGUGUAAGCAGUGAGCAUGGUUAUUGUAGAGAUCCAGUUUAAAUUUUUUCUUCCACUGUUGCAUUAUAAAUUUCAUCUCAUGAAACCAUCAUCAUAAUUGCCUUGCAAUCAGCCUGAACUUGUAAAUUUGCUGUGUGAACCUGAAUAGAUGUCCAAGAGUUGUUUGGGAUUAUUGCACGGGCGAGUGUAUUAUACAUGCGCGAACUGUUCGUUUGCUUGCUCUUUGACUAAAAGGUUGGCUGUGUGUGUGUGUGUGUGUGUGUGUGGGAGGGGGGGGUGGGGGAGUAGGGGAGUCCAAACCUCCUGUGCCCCACCCCUUUUUUCUAGGCUUCCUCCCUUUAGCCCUCGAAUUGCGAAAUAUUAACCAUUGUUUCGUAUUUUUCCGUAUUUCUCCCAUUUCCUACCCUUCUAGACCUCCUACCUCCCGACUUUUCCUCUCCCACUUCCCAUACCCCUCCUGCCCCCCAUUAUCGCGGGCCUCCACCCACCUCCCCUGCCAUCCCUCACUGGAAGGGUUUGCUAACUCUCUAGCGGAUGAUCUAUUUUUGAUCUUCUUGUUGUGUGUUUUUCAAGUUUGAGAUGUGUCCCGAAGAUGACCCGGAUCACCCAAUCAUCGCUUCAUCCGCUACUGCUUGUCACUGUGUGGUACUCAAGGCGGUCAAUAAGGCCAGGUAAAUAACUUAUCUUAUCACAUUCAGGUGUCCUCUAAAAGGGUUUUCAGCUCAUAUCCUACAUAAUACGUGAAUGCAAAAUGUGAGCAACUCCUCUGAAACUUAUUCCCUUGAUUUAAGUUACCCAAUACUCGACCUGCUUCGAUCCCAAAAAUUGAAUUUUUAACUCUUCUACGUGUUGUUUUAAGGCUCUGCAACAAGUCGUCUAUCCGUGCGAGUCUUUUGGAUGGAAGAGAAAUUGUGCGAGCAGGCUCACUUGUGGCGAGUUCGGGGAAAAGCGAACUCUAGUGAGCCUGCUAGCAGGCGAUCGUCGUUUUGACGAAAUGCAAUAUCGAACGCAGGGUGCAAAGAAAGUCACUUUUACAGCUUAUCAUUUAGGCAAGCUGUAGCUAGAACGUAUUAGUCCAAGAGUCACUUUAACUAGCCUGAAAAAGGAUUGAUUACAGUUCAGGAGCAGGAUUGAUUACAGUUCUUCUGUAAUAUGAAUUCCCCAAAAAACUUUACCUGCCCAUCGGGCAAGUUGAGAACAGAAUUCACUAGCCCAGUAGAAAAAUCCACUGCACUAGCCCAGGGCUAUCGGACACCAGUUUCUUUGGACGCUGGAACGAAAACCGCAUCUUGUACACAGUUAGUCUAAGAAUAAUAUUUAUUCGAUAUUACCUGUUGUCAAUGGCUAUGUAUCUAAUAUGCAGUUUGUAUAGAUCUUACUGAAUAUUAAAAAAGAACUUUCUACUCCUUGUUUCCUCAAGGGUUCAGCUGUGAAGGGCUAUAAUAUGUUCCGUUUUUCUUCUAACAGAGGUAGGGAUGCAUCUAACACAGGUUCGGGUCCAGAGUUUUUUGGCUUUUCUCAUCCAACCAUACAGUACUUGAUUCAGAGCUUACCAGGGGCCAGAAAAUGCACUAAGUAUCAGUGGGUCAAAUUUGAGCUGCCGAAACCACAGAACAAGCAGAGCUCCGGUAAGUUUAUCUUUAAAAACUACACUUGUGGUUUGCUUCCAGUGAAAAAUUACAAAUAAUGGCUUCCCAUUUAAUCUUGUUACUGCAGGUUGCUGCUACGUUUUCUCUUGAGCUAAUAUGGAUCAUUUCAGAUUCUUUUUUAUGGUAGCACUCAUCAGUCUUAAAGCGUGAGAAAACAGCCGAAAUUUCGCGACGCUGGUUUCCCCGUGAAAUGCAUCUGAGAAACGAGCGCAGAAAUUCCAUACUGAUGACGCGUCACUACCCAGAUCUGGGUAGUGGUUCUGAUUGGUCAUGCCGCGUAGGAAAUUUGCUUCAACCAAUCAGAAGCACUACCCAGAUCUGGCUAGUGAAGGGUCAUCAGUGUGGAAUUUCUGUAGCCGUUGCUCAGACGUCAUUUCGCAGGGGAACCAGUCAGCUGUUUUCUCAGGCUAAUAGUCUUUAAAAGGUUUAACUUUUGAAUUUGUUUUCCUUGAUGUGGCUAAAACCUUUUUUGGGGUAGUUUUUCAUUGUACUAUUUGGUGCUUGAAGUAUUUUCAACUUGAAUUUCGUUUCUGUCUGGGUAUGGUGAGCUCCAAAGCGAGAUGUGACUGCACCUAUUUUAAAGUAAAACCCAUCAAUUGCAUGGAUAGUUAGAUUUUAUAUAUUUUGUUUUUUAUCGUCAAUACUUUUUAACGUGUAUUUAAGUUUUUGACACAAGUUUCGGUUAUACAAUUCAAAGAAACCCUAGACUGCUUCCGGUCGGCCUUUUAUCUUAAAAUCCGUCCAGUACUUAUCCCAGCCAGAGCGAUUGCAAACAACUACGUUACAGUAAGGAAUCUUUUAGGGCUUACGCUCUCGUUCAUCGCGGCUCACGUGUAUGGGUAACGCAUGGAGAUAUUCUGUACUGAGUAACUUUGCAAAGAAAAAUAAGAGACUUCUUGCACCAGCGGCCAUUGUUUUCAUUUUCGCUUCGGAUUUCGGACGACUGUAAUACUAGAGAGAAAUUAGAAACAACGGUGGUGCUAAACUGCAGGGUGAGGGGAACGGGGGAAGGUAAACAAGGUGUAUUGUGGGCGAUGCGAAUGCGAAAGACGAAAAGUAGGACGACUGUUAUACCCGAGAGAAAUUGUAAACAAUGAUGGUGCAAAACUUGGGGGUUGUGUAUUAUAGGUAAUGCGAAAAAUAAGAAUGGCGGGGUUCGUCUCCCCUCCCUCCACCUCCAUGUUUAGACCCUAAUCCUUAGUGCUUUUGCAGGUAAACAGUCCGGUACAACUACAGCCGAUCCUUCAGGAGUUGUGCAGGGAAUCCCAGCGACAGUAGACGAGGAUUCCAUCGCCAAUUUAGCUGAUGAAGAAGAUCACAUCACAGGAGCCAUGGCGACGUCCCAUUCGUCAGCUCCGAUAAAUCAUGAUGAAGAAAUGUUCAAAGGUAAUUAACAGUCAAGGUAAACGUUGUGAACUAANCGCCAAUUUAGCUGAUGAAGAAGAUCACAUCACAGGAGCCAUGGCGACGUCCCAUUCGUCAGCUCCGAUAAAUCAUGAUGAAGAAAUGUUCAAAGGUAAUUAACAGUCAAGGUAAACGUUGUGAACUAAUGCCAAUGCUUCGGAUCGAAGCCAUCAUUCGGUUCUAAGUGUGUUCAUGUCUUUUUGUCAUCAAUCUCGUCCCCAGGGCGUUUGUGUCGGUAAGUUAGUUUGCCAGUCAUUCAGUCAGUCAGUCAGUCAGUCAGUCAGUCAGUCAGUCAGUCAGUCAGUCAGUCAGUCAGUCAGUCAGUCAGUCAGUCAGUCAGUUAGUCAGUCAUUCAGUCAGUCAUUCAUUCAGUCAGUUAGUCAGCCAGUCAGUCAGUCAGUCAGUCAGUCGUUCUUUCAGUCAGUCAGUUAGUUAGUCAUUCAUUCAUUCAGUCAGUUUUUCAGUCAGGCAGUCUGUAUGUCUCUCUGUCAUUUUAGUCAGUCAGUCAGUCAUUCGUUCAGUCACUCAGUCUGUAUGUCUGUCUGUCAUGUUAGUCAGUCAUUCAGUCAGUUAGUGAGUAUGUCUGUCUUUCAUGUUAGUCAGUCAGUCAUUUAUUUGGCCAUUUGGAAGUAAUUUCUCAAGUUACAGAGUACUUGGGAAAGAGUUCUCAGAAAACUUUAAGGUAAGCCGAAAAUCAGGUCCCUGUAAAUUACCUGAAUAACUUUCUAGAGCCAAACUUUAAUUUGUAACUUUUUGUUGUCGUUUACAGAUUACGCCGAUAUGGGACCACUGACUCUUGCUUCUACCAUCACUCCCCUCUCGUCUCCAGGCCUCUGCAGUCCAAGUCCCAGCCCGCAGCUGGAUGGCUUAGAACCCGAUAAUGAAAUGGAUACAGGUAAGCGUCUGUUAUGUACAUAGCAUUUAAACGUGUUAGGGAAAAGGCCACCAUCUUUCAACAGUUCCAAGCAAAGGAAAAAAACUUGUUCGCCCUGUUUACACGACGUAGUUACGAAUCUGUGCUGCAUUAGUUACGUACGUCAACUAGGCAAAUAUAAAGAAGAAAAAAGAAACAUUGGUUAUUUGUAGCAUACAUACCUGAUUACUUAAUGACUUUCUCUUGUCGAUGUUGUUACUUUUUGAAAAGCUUGAAGUCAGCAAUCUUGACAGCGCUUGUCUUGGUCACCGGUCGAUGUUUUGACAGUGACUGACAAAACAUCGCAAGGAAAAAUGUUGCCACCGUUUUCAGACAAUCAUUGGAGCAACAACCUCAAAAAAUGAGGUUGCUGCAUGUUACUGCUUUGGUGAAAAAUAGGGUAUUAGCUGUUGUUAAUUGAUUCCAUGUCCUGUUGGAGCUGACCUGCGAUCAGGCGGUCCUUCUUGCCCCUUUCGCCCUCUCCCGCAAAAAAUGGCUGGUCGUAGGUUAGCUGAGAGCCAGAAGUGCAAACUGAAAUUGAUACAAGUUAAUCAUUGUGUAUGCAUACACACAGGGAUGAAUCCACUGAUGUCGUCGCCCUCUCGAUCAGCCUUCCCGACAUCUCUUUCGGACAUGCGUCUAUCGCCACCUCCUGCAGGCCAAGCAUCCUUUAUUCUUCAUCCUACAUCGCCACUUUUCGGGAAUAGUUCUGGUUUUCCUGAAACAGGAAUACCGGAAUCACCACCGAAAUAA